AUGCGGCCUCGCCUCAUCCCAAAGGCAGGAGAAGGGGGGAGGCAGCGGGCGAAACAGCUUUGGGGCCGCUUCAACUGCUGGGCCUGCUCUUCUCCUGCCUUCGGGAUGAGGCGAGGCCCCAUCCCGAAGGCAGGAGAAGAGCAGGCUGGGCCUGGGGAGGCAAUGGGUGAAGCGGCCCCAAAGCUGCUUAACACGCUCGCCUCCACCUUCUCAGCCUUUGGGAUGAGCUCCCCUCUCCUGAUUCGCCAGAGCGCUGAGGCGUUCCGUGCAUCACAAUUUAAGAAAGAUAUGGACAAUCUGGAACGUGUCCAAAGAGGGGUGACCAACAUUAUGAAAGAUCUAAAUAUCAAGUUCAGUGACGAACAGUUGAAGGGAGAAGCUGUUACAGUGCGCGAUCUGAUCUUUUGGCGGGAUGUGAAGAACGGCCUUGUCUUCAGUACAAUGUUGAUCUUGCUCCUCUCCUUGGUCGCUUUCAGCAUCAUCAGCGUUAUCUCCUACCUUAUCCUGGCACUGCUCUCAGUCACCAUCAGUUUCUGGGUCUACAAGUCUGUCAUCCAGGCCAUAAAGAAAUCUGAAGAGGGACACCCAUUCAAGGCUUACCUGGAUCUGGAUGUUGCGCUGUCUUCAGAGGCUUUUCACAACUAUGUCAGCUCCGCUAUGGUGCACGUCAAUCAUACCCUGAAAGCCAUCAUGCGCCUCUUCCUGGUGGAAGAUUUGGUGGAUUCGCUGAAGCUGGCCAUUGCCAUGUGGCUGAUGACCUAUGUCAGGGCCAUCUUCAAUGGGAUCACUCUUCUUAUCUUGGGCGAGUUGCUGGUUUUCAGCAUGCCCCUUGUGUAGGAGAAGUACAAGACUCAGAUUGACCAUUAUGUUGGCAUUGCCCGGGAUCAGAUCAAGUCUGUCAUUACAAAGAUCCAAGCAAAACUUUCUGGAGCUGCGAAGAAAAAGCCAGAAUAACUUUGCCUAGGGAGCUAUGACCUGGAUGUUAACUAAAU